AUGUACUUCGCUAUGUCCAACAAAUAUCGAAAUAUAGAUGACCGGGCCCAUGCAUGCACUGCAUUCGAACAGGUGUUCAACAUGGUGGCAUCUAUAUUAGGUGGUUUUGCAUUAGAGCAUGUCCCCAUCGGCAGCCAAGACAACCAAGUCCUUGAUUUACUGGUGGACACUGGGGGCCGGGUGGAUUCAUCCAAUUUAUGGACUCAGGAUUUCUACGCACGCUACGCUAGGGGUGCGUGGGCCAAAGACUUUCAGAGUGAACAGAAGACUUGGGUGACAACACGUCAUGGUGUUGGACGGAUUUCUCUGGCGCAGUUUUUGUGCUUUUCAUGUGACCCACAACACAAUGUUGAUUUGAGAGGAAAACUAUCCAGAGAACUGUUCAACUUACUCAGUGAGUUUGGACGACUGCUGGAUGAGACUGUCUCGUUGAUGUCCAAGGAUGUUAAAGACUUAGACGAUCAUCUUGCAAUGGCAUGCAAGAACCAGGGCAGGGUGUCACGUUCUGCGAAAACAGAAUUCCUCUUGAUUUCCGAUGCGGUGAGGGAGCUGCCCAGAAACGUGCGCAAGAUUCUCCGUGAUGCUAGAUUAAGUUUGCUUGCCAUGGUCGAGCAUUACAACAUCACGCAGCUCUUCGUCAGCCCUGCAGACCAAGGACACAGUGGAGUAGCCAGAGAUCGUACUUACCUUGUGCUGACAUUGAAGGACAAAGUCACCCAGGUACAUGAUGUUGAGGUGGUUUACAGAAAGGUGUCUACCUACAUCAGGCAAAGGGUUCAAACCCGACCAUCUGACUACUUGAUUGCGACAAAGAGCGAUCUGUUAAGGGAUGCACAAUAUUGUGCCAACAAACGUGGCAAACCAUUCCCAAAACAGGUGACUGUGAAGAACACAUGGAACGGCAAACGGUUCUCUUUGAAACGCUUGCUGAAUCUGAGAGAGGCCCAAGGUGUGAAAUUCGCACUGGCGAAAUAUCAGGAAGUCAAGCAGGAGGUCUUCGACGCAGCCAAGUCGCAAUACGAGAGGCGGUCUGAGCCAAUGGCACACACCGCAUGGGGCCCCACCGAGAUUGCUCGCUUCAUGCGUUGGCAGCUGUCCUUGUUCAAAGAGGGCAAGAUCAAGCGACAGCAUGUGGGUGGUUUUUCCUACCGUUUGCCGCAGAAAAGCAAGCUUGGAGAACCAGCAGAGAUGCCAGACACGGUGUUGGAGUUCGAGAAAAAGCAGGCGAAGAAGAAGGCUGAGGCCAAGCGCAAGGUUUCGUCGUCUGACACUGGGGAAUCAGACCAGGAGAACGAGGAGGACGAGGGUGAGGAGUCUGAGGAAAUCGUAGACUAUGAGUUGCAGGCUUGGUGA